UCUUAAAACGAAGAAGCCCGGUUCUGAAUAUGCCAGUGCCACCUGAAGGCUGAAGAAAAAUAGCAAUUUCCAUGGCGGUCUGGAUGUGUUCUUCUGCGUCCAUCAUCCUCCCACGGUUUCCCUCCUCGCCCACCCAAACUGUGGACUGGAAGAAGAAACUCUGCAAAAUUGACUCCUGGAACAACCACAAGAAUGCAGAUCCUCUCCCGCGAAGUUCUUAUCGGCCAAAUUGUGCAGUUCCCUCUUCCUCUACUUCCUCUCCUCCUUCUGCGUCUUCCUCAAUUUCGGUCUCGGAAAUGUCCAGCGAGAGGUCGAAGAAGGUGUGGAUACUUACACAGAGCAAGCAAGUCAUGACUGCUGCUGUGGAGAGAGGAUUGAACACCUUCCUCUUCUUCCCCCAUCAUCGAUUUCUCGCCGACGAAUGGUCUUCAAUUGCUUUGAUUCGCCCGCUCUUUAUCAAGGAAGGAGAGGUUUUGGAUUCCGAAAAGCGGAGAAUCGCGACGGUUUUCGAAGUUUCCACCCCGCAAGAGUUGCAGCUGCUGAACCCAGAAAGUGCACAGGCUGAUAAUGUUAUCGUUGACUUAAAAGAUUGGCAGAUGAUACCGGCGGAGAACAUGGUUGCAGCAUUCCAAGGAAGUGGGAAAACUGUGUUUGCAAUCUCCAAAUCAGCUUCUGAGGCACAGACUUUCCUCGAGGCUCUAGAGCACGGGUUAGGUGGGGUUGUUCUCAAUGUUGAAGAUGUUGAACCUCUACUCGAGCUGAAGGACUACUUAGACAGAAGAGAUGAAGGACAGAAUCUUUUGAGUUUAUCAAAAGCAACCAUAACCCGGAUUGAAGCAGUUGGUAUGGGUGAUCGUGUUUGUGUGGACCUCUGCAGCUUAAUGAGACCUGGGGAGGGACUACUGGUUGGCUCCUUUGCCCGAGGGCUAUUCCUUGUUCAUUCAGAAUGCUUGGAGUCGAAUUACAUUGCCAGUCGGCCUUUUCGUGUCAAUGCUGGUCCAGUGCAUGCAUAUGUCUGUAUACCUGGAGGGAGGACAUGUUAUCUCUCGGAACUCAAGGCAGGAAAAGAAGUUAUCAUAGCUGACCAGAAGGGUCGCACACGUACUGCAAUUACUGGACGCGUGAAGAUAGAGACCAGGCCUCUUGUUUUAGUGGAGGCAAAGAUAGAGGCGGAGAGUGGAGCGACUUACAGCAUCUUCCUACAAAAUGCAGAAACAGUGGCCUUAAUACCCCCUCCUUUUAAUGAGACGAAGCUAGUGACUGCAGUUCCUGUGACUUCACUGAAACUUGAUGACGAAGUUUUGUUGCGAGUACAAGGAGGUGCUCGCCAUACGGGAAUAGAGAUUAAGGAAUUCAUUGUUGAGUCUUCAAGGCAAUACUUGUUGUGUGGCCUUCUCACCUGCUCGCUUGCUCAGAAUCUUCGAGGAACAAGGCUUUGUUCUUGCACUUGGAAGGCACCUUCGCUGCUUCCCUGCCAGUACUCUAACGACCAGAACAGCACCCUCCUCUGAUUUCCAUCCUAUCUCUGUGUUCUGAGCCCAUAGAGAUGUUGCAAGAAUUCGGAGAAGCAAGGAGUAAUUUUCUAGGAUUGCUUCCUAGACGUCUGCACUUUGGAUGGCUUGGAUGUUCAACUUGCUUCAUCCCAUCUGCACAACUGUCCUGCCACCUGGGUUGAAAUAGUUAUUAUGCUUUUCAUCUUCCCCAUUUCCCUUUAUGUAUUCCCUUUGAUAUUGAAUUGGUAAUUCUUGUCAUUGCAUACAGUUAAGGAUUCGAAUAUGUUUGAAUAGAAUGGAUACCUGGAUAUUGCUGAUAGAUAAUCUGUGUGCCAGAUGGAGUCUCGAAAAUAGUUAGGAAAGUGACAGAGUAGAAGCUGAAUAAUCCCAAACCCGACAU